AUGGUGGAGCACAAGAUUGAAAUGGUGAUUGAGGAGGCAAUGCGAGUUGAGGUAGAGGGUGACUAUUCAAUGGUGAUGGUCCCCAAAGAGGCCUAUACUGCUUAUCUCGUCUUCAAAUUGGCCUCUGAGUCAAACGGACUUGAUCACCCUCCCCAAUUGGCAUCAGUGAGGCUUGGCGCUUAUGCCUCAGAGAUCGAUAUUUGUUUGCAAGAUGAUGAUAAUGAAGAUGAUGAUGAUAGUGAUGAUGAUGCUUCAGAGGAAGGAUGGCAGCAACAACGACAGUGCUUGAGGGAUGAUGGGUGGAUGGAGAUCAAGUUAGGGGAGUUCUAUAAUGAUGAGGGGAAUGACGGUGAUGUUGAAAUACGUUUGACGGAGACAAAAGCAUUGCAUUGGAAGAAUGGGCUCAUCAUCCAGGGGCUCGAAGUAAGGCCCAAAAUUUGACUUAUUUAGAUGCUGUUGUGAUUGCUUUCUACUGCUUUGUACUCUGGAAAAAUAGUUUGCUAUUGCAUGUUUUAUCACGUUACUUGCUAGCAAAACUCUUAUUGACGCAAAUAAUGGCCAUUCUCAAUGUUUAUAAGCAUUGCAAAAUUUAUUCUCGAUA